GAAAGAAGGCGUGCCUAUCUGUGUUGUAUACGUAAAUGGUUUGUCGAUUAUCUUUCAUUUUCACUUGAAAGUCAUGAAAGAAGCAUCUUCAAGGAUCAUCAUUAUUAUCAUCAUGAGCCAGGUGAACCAUACGCCUGCCUGGAAAUCAACGAAACACGUAUUCAUGCAAAACUGAGAAUAAUCAGGCUCGAUAUAUUUCUGGAUUUUACAAAAAUGGAAUCUUUAGCUCACAUCAAACGAGACAAUCAGACUUAUCACUGCUUCAUAGACGUGUGCGAAAAGAUCUUCACAGACACUCCAAAAAGCACCGUUAGAAACUGGCUAAAGUCCCUAAACAUCUCGACAACACCCUGUGCCACUUUGGAAGAGAGAAUUCACUUUCGUCGACGGAAUGCUUCUUUGGGUGCCACGUUUAGCCUUAUUCGAGAUGAAGACGUGACCCGUUUGAUUGCAUAUCGCAGUGAAGGUGCGAGGAAGCGAGCCAGACAUUCUCACAGUAGUUCUGCCACAAUCCUCGACGCUGGUGAUGUCCCCAGUCCGAGCCUCGCGACCACAGACAAUCCAAUUGUCAGACAUUCUCACAGUAGUUCUGCCACAAUCCUCGACGCUGCUGAUGUCAAAAGUCCGAGCCUCGCGACCACAGACAAUCCAAUUGUGUCUUACAAUCUCAGCGGCGAGUCAGACAGCGAUGCACAAGAACCGCCUGUAGAAAAGAAAUUUAAAGAUGAAACGACGUCGCCUAAAAGAAAUACGUAUAGCAUCCCAUUAGACAGCGCGCCUGAAAGAUUGAAGAAUGAGGUAAAAGACUUGCGCCAUUUCUACCUAAAAGCAUUGAACUAUAAUCGUCCUGGGCCGGCGUUUUCAAAAACGACCGUCGACAAAAUGGUUGAAAGAGCCAUGAGCUUUAUGUACUUCUGCUUGAACGUGAAAAACAUUGCCAUGUUAACCUUAGAUCUAUUUAACAAUAUCGAACUCUAUACUAGUUACGUAGAAUAUUUAAAAGGGACCCGAAAUCUUAACCCUCAACUAUAGUUGCGCAUCUUAUAAUCGGUAUAAACGUUUUGAAAUUUAAUUUGGCAAACUUUCAACCGAAUUCGCCCGACUCGGAGAAUGCAUCGCGAACCAUUUCAGCUUUACAAUCAUUUCAGCGACACUUUCAGCACGAAAGCAGCAUGAUAUCCAAACUUCAUAAGGAGGGUUUUACGAGCAAGGCAACUCAGCAGUUUUAUUUCGCGCACGUUUUAGAAACUCUUCGUAACAUACGCGAUAAGUAUUUGGAAACGCAUGGCUUGGAAAAAAGUAGGCACUUGCAUGAUUUUGUACUCUUGGCAACUUACUUAAGAGCCAUUCCUGGCAGGUCGAAAGAAUUACGGACCAUGAAAUUGCAUAUCGAAGCGGACUGCGGAACUUUCGAUUUCACUUCGGUGGAUGGCGGUAAUUUUAUCGUAUUUCAAGAGGGCAAUAGCGUUGUAAUCGUGCAAUUUGAUUUCAAAACAUCAAAAAGUAUUGGGCCGACCAGAAUCGAUGUUUCCGAUGACGAAGAUCUGGUGUAUUACUUGCAAUUAUAUACUAAGGCAAGGCCAUCUUUACUGCUCGGCAAGUCGC